AUGGCUCCAGAAGACGAAAUUUCAGCCAGCAACCAACCGCCUCAAUCCCUCUCUUCCUCCUCCUCCUCCUCCUCCUCAUCCUCAAAUGAUAACACCCAGCCUCCCGAGGCUUCUGCCGACCAACCUGCAGAGGACCGGGACAAAAACCCUCCAUCGCGACUGCGAUCCCUUUCGCGGCAGCGGCAACGACAACGUCAAAGCAACAAACCUGGACCAGGAUCAAGACCGCGAAAAACAAAAGGCAGAAUGGAGAAUGGUUUACCUAGAUUUAGUGCGGAUGAGCUCUGUCGAGUGGGGGAUUUUGAGAACUUGAAAUUAGUUUCAAGUCUGGAGCAAAAAAUGGGAUGGGCUUGCAUUGCAGAGAUCCUAGCACUAGCGCUGUUUGUGAAGGAGCAUUUAUUUGUAUAUUUGCUGGAGAUAAAAACAAACAUUAAGGAGGAAAAAAAAGUAUAUGUUAUAGUCACUGUAAAUGAGAUAAAAGGGGGCUGUGUUAUAGAUCUACAUUCUUGUAUACAGUUUUUGAUAGCAUCGCAUCACAUCAAAAGAGACAUUUCACCAAGAGAAACCAAAUAUGUACCUAAAAUACCUGAGACUAAGGAUCCUAGGAGAUGGAAGCUGGCCUUGCCGCUCUAG